AUGGAUGUACGAGAUAGGGUGGAGGUUCGAAUCCGCCUCCAGCCAAAAUCCACCGACGGACUCGUGUUUUUCUGGGGCGCAUUAAAGAACGGUAAUUCAGCUGGAGAUUUCCUGGCCCUCUACCUGAUCGCCUCCCAGCCGCAUUUCUUCUGGAAUCUCGGCUCAGGGAUUGCUUAUGUCAAAGCUCCUUCGAUCCCCUCCCAUGGAUGGUCGUCCAUAGUAUUUGGGCGUACAGGCCGUGACGGCUUUAUCCAAAUCGACGAGGGAUUUCGGCAUAAACAGACCAGUCCGCCGAAAAACAGCCACCUUGACAUCUCGGGUUCAUCCCUGUUCAUUGGAGGUGUUCGAGGGGUUACCGUACUCCCCGCCAAGCUCCGCCCACUUCCCCGCGAUUUCCAGGGAGCCAUCGAAUUCCUUUCCGUCAACAACCGACCGAUACUCUUGACGCAGAACACGUCCGACUGGUCGUCAGGAGUGUCUAAAAUGGAAGAAGCAGAUUGUGGUGAGCUGGAUUGUGGGGAAUACGGCAGAUGUGUAUCGAGGAGAGAUGAAGACAUGAUCUGCAUAUGUCCGGAGGGGAAGAGCGGAACGAAAUGUAGUGAAGAUGCCGCAACCCAAGCGAUUUCUCUCGAUUCUCCUCAUACCUAUUUGGCCUAUCUCAACACGAGAACUACGAGUCAGACCGUAGCAACAGUACCCGCGAACUUCUCGUUAGAAUUGAGGACAACGGAUCAGAGUGGAAUGCUCGCGUGGCAGGGUAAAUUAAUU